AUGGAAGUGGCUCUUCAUGCCUAUCUGACCACUGUUCCGGUUCCCUCUGGUGAACUCGAAGCCGACUUCUACUCAUGGACAAUCGAAAGGGUGAAAUCUGAGUAUUUCUCCUCAGCUAAAACAUGGAGGAUUAUCAGAGAAAAACAACCAAACAGAAGUUGGUUCAAGGCGGUAUGGUUUAAAGGUAACACACCUAAGCAUGCCUUCCACAUGUGGGUUACUGUACAUGACAGACUACCGACGCGUAACAGACUGGCAGCAUGGGGAAUGCUCACACCUACUUCAUGUUGUCUCUGUUCGCUUUCAGAUGAAUCAAGGGACCAUCUCUUCAUCGAGUGUCCUUUUAGCAAGGAUAUUUGGAGAAGGAUGCUCCAAAAACUGUCUCCAACGUCACCAAUGUUUGACUCAUGGGCGCAGAUGCUGAAUUGGCCGUCACUGGCUCCUUCUCAGUCUAUGCGAACGUUACGCGGCAUUGCGGUCCAGGUCAUCAUCUACAACCUUUGGACUGAAAGGAACAAUAGAGUCUUCAGGAACCAGAUGUUAACUGCUUCUGAACUCUUGAAGAUUGUGGACAGAACUGUGAGAAAUACAAUCUCUGCUCGCAAGACCAGAAAGUUCUUCAAGAACCUGAUGGUAGUUUGGUUGGUUUAA